GCCUUCGAGGCAAAAUAUUUAUAAAUACACAAAAAAAAAGAGACGUGAAAGGAAAAAAUCUACAGAACCAAUAAAAUAAUGGAUAAAAUUACACUUUUUAUUGUUGCAACUUUAAUGCUUUUUAAUGGAAUUCAAGCUUCGUAUGCGCCCAAAAUAAUGGAACAUCCGAUAGACACAAUUGUGGCACGACACGAACCUGUGACGUUAAAUUGCAAAGCAGAUGCAGACCCGCCGCCUACUCUCACGUGGUACAAAGAUGGACAGCCCAUUGAUCUCACUUCAACCUCACAUCGCAUCUUGCAGCUGGCUGAGGGAUUAUUUUUUCUACGGGUCGUAAAUUCUAGACGAGAAAACGACAGCGGGGUUUAUGUCUGCGAAGCAAAGAACGAACUAGGGGUGGUACGAAGUAAUAAUGCCACUUUACAAGUAGCAGUUCUUCGAGACGAGUUCAAAGCAGAGCCACAACACACAAGAGUAGCUCAAGGCGAGACUGCUAUUUUGGAGUGCUCUCCGCCGAAAGGCACGCCAGAACCAGUCGUUUUUUGGAGGAAGAAUGGACAGAAAUUGGAAGUGGAUCAAAAUAGGCGCAUUCGAGUGAUUGACGGAGGAAAUUUGGCUAUCCAAGAAGCAAGACAGUCGGAUGAGGGACAAUAUCAAUGUGUGGCGAAAAAUGCUGUUGGAACGCGAGAAUCGUCAAUGGCGUAUUUGGAAGUUCAUAUCAAACCAUUCUUAAUCCGCGGUCCUCACGAUCAAACCGUCAUCGAGGGACAUUCCGUGACAUUUCAAUGCCGAGUGGGAGGCGAUCCCAUGCCUGACGUACUGUGGAGGCGGUCUGCAUCAGGCGGAAAUAUGCCCUUAGAUCGUGUUCAUAUUUUGGAAGAUCGUAGCUUGCGGCUAGAAAACGUAAUCUUAGAUGAUGAAGGCGAAUACAGUUGUGAGGCAGACAAUUCUGUGGGCUCCGUAUCUGCUACCGGCAUGUUGAGUGUCUUAAUGCCGCCCGUGCUUACGAUACGUCCCGUACCUCAAAUUGUCGAAUUACCGUCAGACAUCACGUUCGAGUGCAAGGCUUUCGGUCGUCCCGAACCGAUUUUAAUGUGGUCGAUUGAGGGAAAUAACAGUUUACUCUUUCCCGGCAACAAAUACGGGCGCAUCGAAGUGACGAAUAACAUCGAUGGCCUUUCGACAUUGAAUGUCAUUGAGCCGACAAAGAUGGACAAUGGCUUAAUUGUCAUCUGUAACGCCAUUAACGAGGUUGGUUCGAUAAGUGUGCGUGCGAGAGUCGCUAUUUCAUCGCAUGAUCAUCGACCGCCACCAAUUAUCAUCUUUGGGCCUUAUAAUCAAACGUUGCCACAAAAGUCGACGGUAAAUAUGAAUUGUAAAGCAAGUGGAAGUCCCACGCCAACUGUAACAUGGUUCUUGGAUGGACGAGAAAUCGCCUUGUCUGAAAGGAAAAACGUUAGUGAGAUAGGAACAUUGACAAUUUCUGACAUUGACCGAAAAGAGGAUCAAGGAUUGUAUACUUGCGUUGCCAGUAACAAGCAUGGAAAGUACAAAUGGAGCGGAUAUUUGAAAGUUGAGUCCCCAACAAAUCCGAAUAUUCAAUUUUUUCGCGCUUAUGAGAGUUCCUCGUAUCCAAGUUCGCCCACAGAGCCUCAAGUCUCGAAUGCCACAAAAGAUUCUGUCACACUUUCAUGGCUUCCCGGGGUCAAACGGGGCGAUUCUGACUUGGUUGGUUAUAUUAUUGAGAUGUACAGUGAUGACGAGUCUAAGGGAUGGGAAACAAUCGCCACACGAGUAAAAGAUACAGUUUAUACAGUAACAGGUCUCUUGUAUGGGUACACUUACAAUUUUAUUGUCAGAGCUGAAAAUUCUCACGGCAUCUCUGCACCAAGCCCAAUUUCUCAAGCUCAUACCGCUGGAAAGGCUUUCAAUCCGGAUGAAGACAUUACGUUGAGUGAAGCUCAAGCUGCUCUUUCCUCCGACAACAUCGUAAGAUUAGUUGAUGCCAAUGCCACAGACGCUGUUAGUAUUCGUCUGUACUGGGAAGUGCUCGAUGCCCAAUUUGUCGAAGGAUUUUACAUUUAUUCGUACAAAAAAGACAAUAACGGAACUUAUAAAGUACUUACGGUGCUUCAUCGGGGCGGAACAGCUUCAAGUACAAUCACAGGACUGGAAAGAUACGCCGAUUAUUAUUUCUUCUUAAUUCCGUUCUACAAAACGAUCGAAGGACGUCCCUCAAAUCUCAAGGAAGCUCGCACCUUGGAGGAUGUUCCGACGGGACAAAUUACGGACAUGGAAGCUGCGUUACUCAAUGCAAGUGCGGUUUACUUGAAAUGGCAACCGCCGCCCGAGGAAACGUUAAAUGGCAUUUUGACAGAGUAUCAUGUCGUUAUUCGAGGUCAUGACAACCAUAAUUUCUCGAAAAUAUUGACAAACAUGACGGUAGCUGGGGAUAGUGCGAAACUGUUGUUGGCCAAUCUCACAGCUGGUGUUACGUAUUCCGUUAGUGUGGCUGCUGCAAAUCGUGCUGGCAUAGGACCAUUUAGCUCACCAUCGAUGUUGCGACUUGACCCUCAUACAAAACGCUUAGAUCACGGCUACACGAGAUUUCCAAUUAACCAUGAAUAUUCGCAUGAUAUAUUGACCGAAACGUGGUUCAUUAUCUUGCUGGGAUCGAUAAUUGCCAUCAUUGUUUUUCUAUUUGGGGCCACGGUGCUCUUUAGACGAAUUCAAUUUAUGAAACACAGUUCACUGUCAAAUAUGCACGGAAAUCACGCCAUUGGCACCGUUCGGAAGUUUCCCACACUGCCACUCAACCAAAAUGGCGUCUGGAUUGAUCCGGGCGGCGGUGUUUGGCGCCAAGCAUCGGACUUGCACAAAGAUGUCCUCACCGAUUACGCGCAAGUAGCACAGGCGAAUCAACUUCCGCUUCCUGAUUACGAAAGACUGAGUCCCACACUUACCAACAUGCCAGAUUAUGCGGAAGUAGCUGGUUGCUCGACAUACCAAAAUCCCCAUUCACCGACUUACAACAGCAGCUUCGGCGCGUAUGCCACAACAACUCUCGUCGGUCAAUACAACCCAAAGCCCUUCCAAUACGACAGUGCCAGCAAAACAGGAACCAGCUCCUUUGGCUCCAUGGGAACUUCGCCAUCGCCUAGCACGAUGUACAACAAUUUCAUCAAUUCGGAGGCAUCGACACUGGCAUCCCCCAACAAAAUGAACAUUAUCGAGAAUCGCAUGAACAAACUAAACCAUAAAUCAUCGUCAACAUCACCCCCAUUACCGACGACACAACCUCCGCCGCCACCGCCAUCGUCUGCUGGCAGCAUCAUUCCGCUGCACAUUAACAACGAUCAGUAUUUGGGGUCGCAGCACCAGCAACUACAUCAAUCGCCCGUUAAGCAUAUUGUUAGCAAUAGUGAUAAAAGUAUAGCGAAUUAUCCGCCGCCAUCGCCGCAUAACAGCGCCUCAAAUGCCACCAUCAAGUCAAGGAGUCGUCUCAAUAAUCGAUUUGGCGAUGUCAACGGUAAGUCGGAACAACCGCUAUUUAUCAAGUCGAAAUACGAUGGCAGUUGGUCAUCCAUCAACAACUAA